AUGAAGGAAAUCCAGGCCGCCAAACCAGAGUUCAUGAACUGCUCUAUCAAGAAGUCCCGCAAGUUGCUCAAGCCACUCCUGUCGAUUCAAGAAGACAUGACAAGCGAUAAAUCACCAACUCAACGGUCUAUCUCAGAGUUGUCUCGCCGCUCCGCCCCCAAGCGCAAACGGAAACAAAAUCCAAAUCAUUCGAUCCAGCCCCCUUUAAAGAAGGCGAGAUACGCAAUGCCCGCAAGAAGUUGUUCAGACAAACCAAUCCCCUCCAUAGAGAAAGAAAGUUAUUUACAACGAGACAUCAUUUUCGAGGAAGAUGACCCAGGUUGUGAAGUACAUUCAACUCCUGUAUUCAUCCGUGCAGGCGUACUCGUCGGUUUUUGGUACGCAGAUAUGAAUGGAAAUGGGAUGCGACCGGUAUAUUGCUUAGUCAAAAGAGAUCUUGAAUUCGCAUAUCGGAAAGGAAAAAAGUUUAUUUCCGUACGAUACUACGAUUUUGAUCCCCUGGAUAGAUUUGGCGACUGGAUGGGCGAUGAUGCAGAAGAUGAGAACGCGAUGAGCCCGAAAAUGGUGAAAAUGUGGGCGCAAAACAUGUGGAAGCACAGAAACUAUGCCGGAAGCCGGGACAUGACACUUGAAGAUUUGACUAGUUUUGACAAUCAAAGCAUGUUAGAUAGUGAUUGGGAAGGGUCAAAUCUUCCCGGUGUAUAG